CAACAUGAAACUGAAGAGAAAUAUUUGCAACAAUUUUUAUAAAUUAAGAAGGGAAAUUCGAUAUUACAUGCUUAAAAUUGAGAUUUUAGGGUGUUUGGAGAAUAUUUAGAGUAUUUAUUUAAGAAAUUUUUACAUGAAAAAUCCUUUUUACUCUCUUUAUUACAUUAUUACCCUCACACGGCUAUUACUACAUUUAUACUUACAAACUUAUUUUUAUUACACAUUUACCACUUACUCAUCAUACCAUGCAUACACGUGUUCUAUCCCCAUGCAUCAUCAAUCAAAUCAUACUCUCUUCCCUCUCUUUUUUCAUUUUGUUUUGAUUUCAUUUUCUAUUCUUCAUUUCUGUUCUCUAAGUUCAUUUUGAAAUCAAGUAACCUCCAUUAACCACUCACAAUUUAUCACGUUUUUCCCUCUUCUUUUUGGUUCAUCCACGAAUUUUCAACUUCCACUUAGCCCACGAUUUAGCAACUGUUUUUCCCUCUCUGUUUCAUUUUUUUUCAAUCUUAUUUAUACCAUGGCAAUCACUCGGUCAUCUUCAUCCCCUUCUCCAGUUCUCAAAAAGAAAUCAAAAAUGGGCAAGAAAUCUUUGGCCAACAAAUCCAAGGGUAAACGCCCAAUCAUUGAUGAUUUUGAUUCUGAUUUUGAAGCUCCCAUGCCGAAGCGUGUGAAACCCACUUCUUCGAAGAAAUCGAAGCUGAACUUGGAGGAGUCCUCGCUUCCAGAAAUUUCUGGGAAAAAAUUUCAGAAACCUGUUACACAUUCUGCAGAUCGGACUGAGGUUUGGGACUGUAAAUUUAGUCCUUCUGAUUUUUACAGAUCUAAGUGUGUGUGCACCAGUGUGUAUUCUGUGAUAAAUAAUAUUAAAAACACUUUAUCUGUUAAUUUGCUUUCUUUGUUUCGUCAAACUCAGUUUGGGCAUUUUCUGGAUAUGCCUGAGUUUGUUUUUCACCCACAAGUCGUUCAUAGUUUACUACUAAGGGAAGUUUUACAGCCUAAUCCUAAGGAGUUUUGGGCUAAGGUUGCUGGCCGUUGCAUACGGUUUAGUGCCGAAGAAUUUUACCUUAUUUCUGGUUUAGAUUGUUUCGGUGAUUGCAACAAGUUGUUGUUUUCACAGGAAACAAAUCAAUUGGUAGAAACAUGUUUCCGUGGUGUAAAAACUAUUGACAACAAAGCCAUCGAGGAUGCUUUUUUGGGUAGUCGGUGGGGUUUGGAUGAGUCUAUUGGUUUGAAAAUGGCUGUCUUGUAUUUCAUUCAGUGUUUUCUUCUUAGCAAUACUCCUGACAAAGAAGUGUCUAGGUUUGUUCUAGAUAUAGUUGAUAGCGGUCGGUGGGAUGAGUAUUGUUGGGGUAGGGAAUCAUUUGAAUUGACAAUUGACUCAUUCAAAGGUAGGAUUGAGCAUGGGAUCAUUAUGAAAAAUAGAAAGGCAGAGAAGGGAGGCCAAUAUGAUGGCUGGUAUAGGGCAUUGGGAUGUCCUUGGGUUUUUACUGUUUGGUUUUAUGAAUGCUGUCCUGCAAUGGUGAACUCUUUCUGUAAGAGAGUUUCAUCUUCUAUUCCCGUGAUUCCGAACCGGAGCAACACCAUCGUCACCAAAAAUCCAACCCUUCGAGACUUGAAGGGCAAGAUUUUUGAUUUACCUUUGGAGAAGUUGAAGAUAAAAAACAUGCGUCCUACUGAUGAAGAGAGGCAGCAGCUUCAACUUGACGGUCUAUUUCUCGAUGAAUCUAUUGAUGAACGUGGUGUAGUGAAGCAAUCCUUCGAGGGUGGCUCAUCUUCAAAGAAGUCUGAUUCAGCAGAUAUUGAUUGGAUGAAAUCUAAGCUGGAGAUGCUCAGUUCGAAUCAAUCAUCAUUGGCCGAGGACUUCAUUUCGUUGAGGUGUUUUGUUGAUUUUAAUUUCAAAUCCGUAAUGACUGUAAUUAAGGAUAUCCAAGAGAAGGUUAAUGCCAUUCAUCGUCGUCCUUCUGACGAGGGAAAGUCAUCGGAUGAAUUAGUAACUCAAGAUUCUGAUGAUGAUCCUGAUGAUGAUGAUGAUGAUGAUGAUGCCGAGGAUGAUGACAAGCAAUUGCCUGAUCCAGAAAAUAUUGAUUCCGACUCCGACGAUGGUGGUGAGUUGGUUAAAGUUGGUGGGGAUGCUGAUGAUGCUGACAAGCUUGUAAUAGAUGAUGAUCAAGUCGUGUUGGCUGGCUUGGAGGCUGUUGCUAAAAUCAAUGUCCCCGCACCCAAUCCAGAUGUUGUUGGUGAAAAGUCAGAUGCCAUUCAUACUGAUGAAGAAACUGAGGAUACUGUCUCUGAUACACCUCUGUUGGAUAAGAGGAAGCGUGCUCCGGCCUUGAAAUCUCCAUUUGUUGAUUUCGGGUCCGUCGAUGUUGGGAGCACUCCAAUGGAGCUUAUGUCCUCAGGUUCUCAGUCUGCUGGGGAUGAUAGGGAUUUCAAAAUGGUGACUUAUGUGAAGGGCCUUUAUGCUCUUAAUGAUGCUUUUGCUGAUCCCGUAUCUACCGAGAUUGAGGCAAAAUUUGACUCUUGGAUUGGUGAAGGAUUGCUUAAACAUCCUGUGUGA